AUGCGACAAUUAACAUCGCUGUUGUUUUUAUCAAUAUUAUCGACAUUGUUUGUAUGUCAGCAUAUUGUUAUUUCUAUGCCAAUCGAUAACAGUGAAGCGGCUUUGUUGAAUGAUGGCAAUAAAGAAUCAUUAGAUAGUGAUAAUGCAAAUUUAAAUAUUGAUAGUACUAGUAGUAAUGAUGAUUCACGAAAUAAACGUGAAGAAUAUUCACAAGAUGAAAAGAAUGAGAAUAAUAAUCUCCAAGAAGAUGAAGAGGCAUCUAAACAACGAAAACGACGUGAUAAUGAUGAAGAUGAAAAUGAGGUUGAAGACUCGUCAGAUGAUGCAUCGCUGAAAAAUGAUAGUGACGUCGAAGAAAAUGAUGAUGACAAUGAUGAUGAUGAUGAUGAUGAUGAUGAUGAUCCAGAAGAAAAAAAAGACGAUGGUGAUGAUAAUGACGAUGACUACAAAAAUUCAAAAGACAAAGACAGUAGUGGAUCAUCGAAAAAAGAAGACGAUAACAACGGAGACGAUGAUGAUGAUGAUGAUGUUGAUAAAACUGGUGAUAAAAAAGAUGAUGACGAUGACAAUGAUGAUGACAAAGAUGCAAAACCGGUUAAAAAAGGUUAA